GUAGCCAACAAAGGCGCAGAUGACGUCAGCGCGUUUUUAGAGCUCGUUUCUUCACAUCCUAAACGACACAACAAACGAAAGAAAUAGAGGGUAAUAUCAUCGAAUCACCACCGAAUUGUUUAUAUUUUUUAAAUAGUCACUAGUAGUCCAAAAAAAACCCUAACGUUUUCUAUCUCUCGUUGUUAUCAGGAUGUGGAGGUACAAGCAGCCUGGCUUUGCUCUGCGUCUCCUUAGUGAGCUGCAGAAACAGCAGCAAUGCAGCCUUCACUGUGAUGUAAUUCUGCAGACUGAGGGUGUAUCUAUUCCUGCACAUAGCUGUAUGUUGUCUGCCCUCAGUCCAGUAUUUUAUAGAGCCUUUGCCAAUGUUCCUUUACUUCCAGUGGGCCAGAGUAGACUAGUAGAGCUGGAGGCAAUAAGAGCUCAUGCCCUGAUUAAGUUGGUUGGGUUCAUGUACUCAGGGGAGAUGGAGGGAGAGAGCUUGGAUGAACAGCAAGAAGUGAUUGACGUUGCCUGCAGGCUGGGCUUCGGUAACAUUAUGGAAGGGAAGGAAAAGCAGGUGAACAGGCACCAAAAUAAAACUGCAAGUUGGAGGGAACUUGGCCUGCAGACAGAAGAGACAGAAGGGAGAAAGAAAGAUGCCAGCGUACAGAGUCUGUUCAAGAAACCAAACUUUACUCAUUCAGGAACUCAGACAGACAGCACUGAAACUCACUUCGUAGACAAUUGUGUUGCAUCAGAGUCAGAGCUGUCGAUAGACCUGUCUGAUGAAUUAACUGACGUUGCUAGCGAAUAUAACAGCAUUUCUCCAGACACUGGUCUUGCCUGGAUUGAUGAGAUUGUUGCUCACUCUUCGCCAAAAAGCACUGAAGCAUUGGUUAGAGUGCAUGCCAAACGUCAUCAAACUCAAAAGGAAAAGAAGAGAGCAAAAUAUUCAAAGAAGGAAGAUGCACAUAUCUCAUUGAAGAUUAAACUGAAAAGGCAGAAGAGUGGGGCAUUGUGGGAGAUUGUUAGCAUCCAAGAAGAGAAUACAGGUGAUGGAUCAAAAACUUGUGGAUCCUCUGAUGACCCACCAAUGACGCACAGUCUUGCAAAGACCUCCGCAGAAGAACAGCUGAGCCCUUCUCCAUUAGUGACUUGUCAGAAUCUUGAAACUGUUACGCUCACACCUCCCUUAGAGAUGACCACUCCUCUUCCUUCUACACCAAUCAGGCCCCCUUCAGAGACCUUUUGUCCCAUUGCCCGCGAUCCCUCUCCAUUCUCCUCCACUUCACAAAUGCCACCUCUCUCAGUGGAUGUGUCACAGCCCCAAGAGUCAGACGAACAUAUCGGAAAGCUGUUAGAUAUGAUCACAGUGGGAUUAAACAUCUUGCCCUCAAUCACAAUGGAAGGAAACAGCAGCAUGCCUGCACACCUGGAUCAAAAACUGGAGAAAUAUGCAGCUGUAGCUAAUUCACCAGCUUCAUAUCCUUGUUUGCUUGGCCAUAAUCUAGAAGCUGUGGGAUCUAGGACAACAUCAGGGACUUCUGAACAAAGAGAAGCAGGGUCUGAGGACCUGUCUGUUUGCAGAAAAUGGACUCUAAAGAACCAAACAUUGUUGUCCAAUACCUCUCCAUGCAUGCCAGAAAAGAAAAAUAUUGAUUCAUCAUUUACAAAACCAUGCACCAUGACAGAUAUUGUGACACCUAAACUUAUUUUUGGUAACGAAGGUCUUGAGCAUCAAAACGUAGUUGAAAUGAAGUCAGAUACUUAUGCAUGGUCAAGGAAGCAGACUUUUAGAGGUACCAAUGAAGACUGUGAUAUACAAACUCAAAUCUCAAGAACAGCUAUAUGUAAUGCCGCACUAGAUCAUUCCAUACCAAUAGAAGGACAGUGUCCAGAGCAGAUUCAUAUAACAGAUCAGGUUUCACUCUGGCAAUCAUCAGAUGUUGAUCAAGCCCCAAAUUCUGAUAAUUGGGCGGAUUUCAGCGAGAUGAGGCUCCCAAGAUGUCUUUCACCUCUUGCAUCAGAAGCAGGCGAAACAACUGGUAUUUCUACCCAAAAUCUUAUAAGACCUCUGGAAUUUUCUUCAUGUCUUUCUGCAUCACAUAUCAACCUCCAGCCAACAUUAAGAUGCAUGUCAUCUUCAGUUCAGCCACAGGCACCUCCUGGAAAUACUAACCAGCAGAAUUCAUCAUGUACUCCUCAAAAUGUAAAUGAAAUACACUCCUCGGGGGUAGGAAAGAACUUAUGCCCUUUAAAAUCAUACAGAGACCACAAUGGAGUUGCCAUUGAGAGUAAUCCAGAAGAAAAAAAGACAAAAAUGGCAGAUCUUAAGAAUAACUUGCGAAAGGGAACAGAAGACAUAACACCGGACAGACAGACGAAUGAAUCAGUAGACAGAGGCAUCUCUACAGCAAUGCAUAAUGUUGAAUCUGAUAAUGAGCCUACUAGAAAAAAAGCAAAAGUGGCUGGUUACCCAAAUGAAGUUUGUACACAAGCAGGGAAGGUAGUAGAUCCCUGCAGUGCUAAAAUAAAGAAUAUAAGGCGAAUUGAGAACAAAAAAGACAUUAGCAACCCUGUAAUUUCUGAGAAAAUUGAUUGGCCGAAUGCUGCCAAGACAAGAAACACUGUGUCAAUAGAUCAAAAAUCUCAGGCAAACAUGACACAUGGAGUGGUAAGUUCACUUUUCAAGUGUAAAGGUCAAGAGGCAUGCCAAAAAGAUGUUUGGGAUACAAAACAGCCUACCUCUUUGAAACGUGGACUUGGGAUGUCCAUUCAAAAAAGAAAAUGCACUAAAGCCCAGAUGGAAGACUUAAGCAAAAUAAGUGAACUUAACAGUUCACCUCCAGUCCUUAAUGAUUCGUCUUCUUGCAGCCAGCAUGACUCACAGUUAACACAAAUGAGAAAUGAGUGUGUGGCAAGACAGGGAUUUAAGGACAGUGUCAAGGAUUUAAUCAAUGAAUGUGAAAAGAACAAUGAACCAGAAAUGAAAAAUCCCUUCAUAGAGCCUGAGAAAGUUUCACCAGAUGUGAACCUGAACAGAGAAGGAGACAAACAGCCCCAAAGGCUCGCUAGUCUCGCUAAGAAGGCAAGUUUUUGUGAUAAGAUUUUCCAUCAGACUGUUUUCCGUCUAGACACCACUGUCACUAAACAUUUUCUACCUAUUAAUCAUCAACGAAGAUCAUAUUUUCAGACAUUUGAUAGAAAAAUCAGGACUAGUUUACCUCCAAGUGUCAUCUGUAAGAAGAUCAGAGAACCUCCAGAAUCUGAUCAUAUGAGUGCUGAGUUAAUGCUGGACAGCAAUAAAUGGAAAAUUAAAGAUACAAUUGAAGAGAGUGGGAGAGAGAAAUGUGUACCAAGGACUGAUAAAUCCGAUGAAGUUUUAGACAAAUCUAAAGUGGAUCCGAAAAACAAAGCUGUCAGUGAACAAGUUGAAAGUGGGUCCAAAAAUGUAAAUGGAUGUUUUGUGAAUAGGAACCCUGUAAGAGAAGCUGAGAUUAAUUUGAAUACUGGUUUAUCCAUUCAUGAGGCUGUUGAGGUGAAUGCUGCUUCUCGUUUGUAUCCAAUUCCAACAGUAAGAGAUUUUAACAAUAAUUUUGAUACGGAAAAUCACUUGCAGCUUGAAUCAACAACAACAUUACUUCAUCAAAUUAGACCUGAAACCAUGAUGGAGAAACCAAAAAUUGAUGAACAGAUUACAGAAAGUCUUUCUGAAUUAGCAGUUUCUUACAAGCCAACAGAUGAAAAGACUAAAGAGUUACAUCCUAAAUUGACUGGGUGCACUCGAACAGGUAAUCUGGAAGGACAAGAAGGAGAAAAAGAGGAGACUACAAUAAGGAAAGCAGAACAUGUAGAAGUCAGUAGAAUGAAGGACAGUGAAGCUAAAUUAAGUGACAUUGAGGUCGAUGUAUUGGAUGAAAGGGUACAGCUGGCUAUAGGUCAUGGAGAUGAAGUGUUUGCUACAUCGGGAAGCAUUCGUGAUACCGAUGAAGAGGAAAGUCAAAUCUCUACUAUGAGGCUUAACGAUGGACAAGUUCUUGCUAUUGAGGAAGAAUUAAAUGGACAGCAGGUUUUAAGGACUGAAGUCAUGUCAUCGGAUGAAGCUACACAUGACAUGACUUCAGAAAUGCUAAACACUGAAGCAUCCUCUAUUCCACGUGAAGAAGGACCUGAUCUCAGCAGCUUCUCAGUCGAUCCCUUAGGCUCAUCAGCAGCAUUUCUGCCAGAUCUGAACACUGAGUCGGCAGAGGACUACGGCAGUGCUGAAGAGGAGCUUAUUGUGGAUGACAUCUCUGACUCUUCUCCCCAGCUGUGCAGUGUAGUUGGUACUGUGUGCAACAUUAUUCAGGAAGAAGGGGAUGAGUUGCGGGAUGAGGAAGAAGAAGAUGUUGAUGUCACUGGAGAGGAAUCAAAUUGAAUUUAACUUUCACUUUGUAAGCACCAGAAUAUUUUUCCAAAAAGAUCAGUUUAGUUUAAGAAAAAUUUAGCACUAGUACAUUUUUGUUUAUUCUGGAUAUAAUUUAUUAUUGUUGAUUAAUGAUGUGUAUAUAUGUAAAAGCUUAAUUUAUUCAGAUAAAUUAUUUUUUGUUUCUGCACUAGACAAAACACCAGUAACUGUAUAUUAAUUUUGUUUGUCUCUUGGUUUGGUCAUUAAGUAAAGCAUAUAGUUUGUGGAAACAAUAUUUCUGUCAUAAAUGUUGAACGAGAAAUCAUUAUCUUUAGAAUAUUGCAGUGGGUUUCUUUACAUCACCAUGGGAUCAGUCUUAAGUUUGUUUGACUGUCUAUAAUUUCUGGUUUCCUCCCUAUGUCCCACUCAA